UUUGCUUUAAGGCCCAAGGUUGAAGCCGAGCUCGACAAGCUCGUGGCACAGGGCAUACUGGAGCCUGUCGACCAUUCACCGUGGGAGACCCCAAUUGUCAUUCCGGUGAAGCCCGACGGCUCCAUUAGGGUCUGUGCCGACUACAAAUCCACCAUCAACCUCGCCUUGCAAGCAAACCCAUAUCCAGUCCCUGUUGUACAACAUCUGCUCCAUUCCCUGGGGCAGGGUUGUAUUUUUGCCAAACUGGAUAUGGCGCAAGCCUACCAGCAGCUUCCUGUGGAUGACGAUGCGGCGGCUGCCCAAACCAUCGUCACCCACCGGGGGGCUUUCCGUUGUCGCCGCCUACAAUUCGGCGUAUCCAUUGCCCCGGGGAUUUUCCAGAGUCUCAUGGAGCGGUUGCUCCAUGGGCUCCCUGGAGUGGUACCAUAUUUUGAGGACGUCUUGUGGGGCGACCGUGUGGUCAUCCCAACGGUCCUUCAACAACAGAUUUUGCAACGCCUUCAUGAAAGUCAUCCUGGGGUCAGUAGAAUGAAAGCUCUUGCUCGCAGUUUUGUUUGGUGGCCAGGGUUAGAUGCCGACAUUGAAGCCUGGGUUGCCAAAUGCGAGACAUGCCAACAGUCCCGGCCUUCUCCUCCUUCCUCUCCCUCCCGGGAAUGGGAGAUGCCUCGAGGGCCUUGGUCUAGGUUACAUAUUGAUUUCGCUGGUCCAUUCCAUGGGCAGGUUUUCCUUAUAGUUGUGGAUGCGUACUCUUGAUGGGUGGAAGUAUUGCUAAUGCACUCCACCACAUCUGAUAGCACUGUGCGAGUUUUGCGACGGUUGUUCGCAACCCAUGGGUUGCCAGACACAGUGGUGUCUGACAACGGCUCGCAAUUUACAGCCACAACUUUUCAAACUUUCCUCGCUGAACUAGGGGUACGACAUGCGCUGGUUGCCCCUUACCACCCGGCAAGCAAUGGCCGAGCGGAAAGGGCGGUUAGAUCGGCCAAGGAGGCUUUGGGC